UGAAUGCGAUGAACAGUGGCGAAGGGUGAAUUCGGAUUGCGAAGUGUUUUUAGAUCUGUGUGUGGGUUCGUGGUGAAACAAGAGAAUCGUAGAUCUGUGUUUUUGUUUGUGUAGUUUUUUUUUUAUCAGAAAAGAGAAGCAAUGGGGAUGUGGGAAUCUUUUCUCAAUUGGCUCCGCAGCCUUUUUUUCCAGCAGGAAAUGGAAUUAUCUUUGAUUGGACUUCAGAAUGCUGGAAAGACUUCACUUGUAAAUGUUGUUGCUACGGGUGGGUAUAGCGAGGAUAUGAUUCCUACGGUGGGAUUCAAUAUGAGGAAAGUAACAAAAGGAAAUGUUACAAUAAAGUUAUGGGAUCUUGGAGGGCAACCAAGGUUCCGCAGCAUGUGGGAACGUUAUUGUCGUGCGGUUUCUGCUAUUGUUUAUGUUGUUGAUGCUGCUGAUCCAGAUAACCUUAGCAUGUCGAGGAGUGAACUGCAUGAUUUGUUGAGUAAACCAUCACUGAGUGGUAUUCCUUUGUUGGUGUUGGGGAACAAGAUUGACAAACCAGGAGCUCUGUCUGAACAAGCUUUGACUGACCAAAUGGAUCUGAAGUCAAUUACUGACAGGGAAGUUUGCUGCUUCAUGAUCUCAUGUAAAAACUCGACCAACAUUGAUUCUGUUAUUGAUUGGCUUGUAAAGCAUUCCAAAUCAAAGAACUGAGAGGCUCCUUUCUGUCUUGUACUCUACUGUAAUUUCUCUGUGACAUAUAUCUGGAUGUUGCUGGAGGCAUCUGCAUGUCUAACUCGGUUGCUGUUUGUUUAUUCUUGCCCUUUUUCUCAAAUGCUUUAUAAUGUAAUGUUAUUCAUGUCCAAUGGGGAAUCAAACGGGAUGGCAUAUAUCUGAAGGGUUAUUUUAUGAGUAAAAUCAUGUUGUCAUUGUUAGUUUAGUUACAUCUUUAGAAUACUGACAAGAACUGCAUUUGCGAGAGGAAUUGAUUCUUUUGUCUCUGUAAAUUAGAUUAGAUUGUUUUUCCCAAUGAUUAGCAAUGUCUGAUCUUGUUAUUUCCAGUAGU